GUGGACGAAUUAAAGAAGAGGGGGAAGGACAUGGCUCUGAUCAGACAAAAGAUGGACCUCACAUUUUCGCUGAGGAGAAAGGAAAUCGUGGAGAUGCAGCCUUUGGUCAAGGAAGUACAGGAGAGAUGGCCAGCUCUCUUCUUGAAAGAACAGAUCUGUGCAGAGUUUAUGCGCAUUACCACUAAGGACCUGUUGGAGACCUUCAUGACUGCCCUUGAUACUUACUCUAUUCAACCGAUUAAACUGUUCCGGGCCAGAAAAGGAGCUUUCAACAAUGAAAUUGAUCUUCUCCUACAGAGGUUUGACAAUCAGAUGUCAAACAUUGUCCAGCAUCGGCGAACCAUUUCUCUUGAAGGAUUACCCAUAUUUGUUCGGGACACAGAGAGCAAACUGUUUUUGACCUGCCUGGACACAGAUCCAGUUGAGAGGUCCACCAAAGGUGUGAAGGUGGAAAUCCUUGCUGUUCUGGAAGACUCCAAUGGACCUGCUUCAGAGCCCACUGUUGUCAACAUUGACAUUGUGUUAGAAGAGGACAUCAUUCUUGCUGAUCUGCCAGACCUUCCUUACUGCCUGUGCCUACCUUUUUGGACUUCUUUAUGGACCAAAGGAGCACAGGUACCACAUUUGAAGCUAUCCAACACCAUUUUCAUGGAACUGACUCUACCUGCUCCAGCGAGUGAGAAGCUUAAAAACUAA